GCCAUCUUUCUAAUCUAGAUUUGCUCGGUUCAACCGGGUUGAUCUAGGGAAUCUUAGUAAGUAUAUAUUUUAAUAGUAUGUAAUUACUAUCAAUAAAACCAAUCCCUGUUUAGGUGAUUAUUAUGUUUCUUUUAUGUCUUAUUUAAUUUUAUAUCUGAUUGUCUGUACUAGACAAUUGGAUUUCGUAUUAUAUAUUGCAAUUUCAUGCAGCCUUCUAGGCGUUUCCAAUAAUUCUUAUAAUCGUUUCAAACACAUAUUUGAGGGCGAUCUACAUCGACUUGACGAAAAUCUACAUGUGGAUCCUUGGCGACAAGAUUUGAUCACGAUUUUGAUCAAUUGUGCUGAUUACUCCCCUUUAGGAGCAUCUUGUCUUAUUGAAGACAAUAAUUUCUCAAUUAAGAAGAAUAUUAAAGAAAUUUUCAAAUGGUGGAUUAUGAAUUCUCAGACCAUCUCUCAAUCGAAUUCUUCAAUGAAAUACAUGAAUAUAAUGCUUUUGUAUUUUAGUAUUUGUUUCAUGUAUUUCAAUUUGUAUGUUGUGUAUCUCUUUGAUGUUAAUUGAAUGUAUUCAUGGCUUCCAUUUGGUCAUAGUAACCCUUCUAACCUCAUUAAAUGAGGCAUUUAAAAUAAAAGUUCGGGGCAGUAACCCCCGAUUCUUUCAAAAGAAAGAAAAAAAGAUUACCAGCAAGGUGGAUUUUUGGUCGUAUAACAUAUUUAAGUGACAUAAUGUCAAUUAUCCGCUGAAGAUUUUUGGGUUGUAUUGCAGAUUUUUCUGACUGUAGGACGCAUCCCUUCGACCAAAAAAGGUCCUGGUAAAAUUUUGGCCUCGUCUUUACUCCAAAAUCUUUCCAUUUUUCUCUCUACUUUUUCAGUCUCAGUAUCAGCCUCGCCACCACUAGUACUCUGUCCUCUCCUCACUCUCUCUCUCUACGAACCCCAAUUCUCUCGUUGUCGUCUAGAGAGAGAUAGAGGCGGAGAUUACAAAGUCUAGGGUUCUUCAAAUCUCAAGUUUGUCAAGGUACAUUGUAUCGACAAGGAGGGGAAUUAGUGAAUUACAUUCGCCUUUAAAAUGGAUAAUGGAAACUCGAGUGAUAGCUGGAGUUUUGAGGAUGAAGAUGACGAACCUCAGUCAUCGACCUACGCCUGUUCAAAUGGUACUCUUCCUCACGGUGGAGCUAGUUCUUCAAACCCAGGACGGUCCAAGACAAUAUCUUACUUUACUUCAAUGGGUUUCGCAGAAGAAUUAGUGCUGAAAGUAAUUGCUGAAAAUGGAGAAGGGAACGAAGGAAGGAUACUGGAAACUCUCCUUUCAUAUAAAGAGAUUGAAGAGUCUUCGCCACAUCUUUCCGAAAAGGAUAGGAAGAUGUUGGAGUUAGUGGAGAUGGGCUUCCACAUUGACGAAGUCUCGUCAGCUAUUAAUGCAUGUGAUCCAGACACUUCAACCCAUGAGCUUGUGGAUCACAUUUCUGCUGCCCAGAUUGCAAAGGCCACUUCUCUUGAGAUUCCAACGGUCGACAGUCCUCUGAAUAGCAGGAAGAAGAAGUUGUUUGAACAGGAAGGUCAAUGGGAAAGAGGCAUUGGUUCUUGUAGAAGUAGUGGAAGGCCAGAAACGGAAAAGAGGAUAAAACUAUCCCGGGAAGCUGAAGAUCCUCUGAAGCCAGCAUUAAGUAUGAGGCUUCCGGUUGCAGCUACUGGUGCUCCAUACUUUUUUUUCGAAACUGGUGCGUCUUCCUACUUACACAACUUCAAACCUGAGUUUGUGGACUCGAAAUCCUUCAGUGCAGUUUCAAACAGAAGAGCGUAUGUUCAUAACUUACCAACAGAAAACAGAUUUCGCUUACUUCCUACUCCUCCACUUACAAUUUUUAAAGCUUUACCACAUACUGCUGAUUGGUGGCCAUGGUGGGAUACAAGAGUUCAGUUUGGUUCUCUGGAUACAUGUAAUGGUAGUUGUAAACCUACAGAGGUAAUUAGAAGAUCAAUUGCAAACUGCAAUGGGGCGCCAACUCCAAAUGUUCAAAAGAGUAUUGUUAAUGAGUGUCAAAGAUUCAACUUAGUAUGGACUGGGAGAAACACGGUGUCGCCGCUUGAGCCGGAAGAAUUAGAAAGGCUGUUGGGAUAUCCGGAGCACCAUACUAGAGGUGGCGGAACCAGAACUGAUAGGUAUAAAGCUUUAGGCAAUGCGCUUCAGGUAGACACAAUAGCAUACCAUCUGUCCACACUGAAAGAAAUUUUUCCAAAUGGAAUUUCUGUGCUUUCAAUCUUACCUGGUAUUGGAGGUGCUGAAAUUGCCCUUACUCGUCUCGGCAUUCAGUUGAACCUGGUUGUUACUGUUGAAAACUCCAAAGUGAAUAGAGAAAUAUUUCGAAGUUGGUGGGAAAGCAAUGACCAGAAAGGUGCAAUGACAAGACAGGAAGCAGCCAGAGGGCCAGAGACUAUCUAGAAGGGAACAACUCAUGUGUUCUCGACGAGUAUACCCGUAUAUUAGAAGAAGUUAAGCGUCUUAUGGAGGCAAACUGACAGAUUUUUCUUUAUUGGGAGAAGUCGAAUUUUUUGGAAGGCUUCUUAAUCAAUUGGCAUUGAAAUACAAAUUUUCAUUUGACAGAGUAGAAUUUUGACUACAGAAAAGGGUACUAAACUUACUGUACAGGGUCAGAAAGAAAUUUUAAGCAGCACAGGUACAAUUUUAUGGAUAGAAGAGAAAACCUCGGUGUACAAACCUCGUUAAGCACAUUCUUCCUUGAUUAUAACUUCUGUCCGGGUUUUGCAGAUAAAUCGUAGAAUCUGCAAAACUCUCUUAAUUUUUUUGUUUAAUACUAUUCGCACUUUCUUGUUCUUGACGAUCUAUUAUGUUCUCCAAAAGUUUAAGUUUUAAUGUUCAAAGGAGUGUCUCUGGCU